AUGGGUAUAGGUGCGGUUGCCGAGCCACUUGUUGUGGUAACCCUACUCUUUGGAGGCGCCUGGGUCAAUCGCAACAAAGAGUACAGACUGUUCGACCGACAGAGAGAAUCGCCAUCGUCCUCUCGGUCGACGUCGCCAGGGUCUGAAUCAGGACGUUCUUCGGUAUCGUCGAGCGCAUCGUUGUUGGCCAAUAUCGACGAAGUACCGAAAUGGCGGACACGUGAGCUUCGGUUAUUCGGUCUCCGGACUGCGGUCACAUCGCCAAACUCUAGGCGAUUCAAAGACUAUUUCCUCAGCCGACUUCUCAGGAAAUUGCCCUUCCUGGUUGAAGUCUGGUAUUGGGCACUGAUCUACUGGGUCUACCAACUAGGCCGUGCCUUCAGCGCCGUUACUAUGCUCGAAGGCACUGUGAACGUCGCCCGCCGCCACGCCCUACAGCUAAUUCACCUCGAGCAACGCCUACACGUAUUCUGGGAGCUUUCGGUCCAACACUGGUUCCUCCAGCAUCCAGUACUCCUUCACUGGACAAAUCGGACAUACUCGUUCAUUCACAUACCCGGCACAAUCCUCUUCCUUGUGUUCCUCUUCUUCUACACCACCAUGCAAAACCGCAUUGAGCUCCCGUCCUACCACCAGCGCAACCACAAAUCGCUCUCCCCUUCGCGCAACGAACCCCACGGCAGCCCCGCAGGCCCGAAACUGUACGAAGCGCGCCGCCGUACGAUGGCGACAUGCAACCUGAUCGCCUUCAUCGUCUUCACACUGUGGCCCUGCAUGCCACCCCGGCUACUCUCCGACCCAGACGUGGCCGGCGCUGUGGGCAAGGAGGCACGCAGCUUUGGCUUUGUCGACACGGUGCACGGCGCUGAGGGCGAGAGCUCCGUAUGGACGCAGAACAAGUUCUGCAAUCAAUAUGCCGCAAUGCCGAGUCUGCACUUUGGCUACUCGCUCCUGAUCGGCCUGACGAUUCUGAGCCUGCCGCUAGCGCCGCAGCAUCAGCGGAGCAGAGUGUUGAGUGUCCGGACGCCGUUCGCUGGCAAGACGAUGAGACUCAGGCUGCCGAGCGCGAGGAGGCUGGCGUGCUUGAUCGUUGGAAUCGCGUACCCUACCAUCAUUCUCGUGGCUAUUGUCGCAACGGCGAACCACUUCGUCCUCGAUGCCGUGGCGGGUGCAAUGGUGUGUGGGUUGGCGUGGACAGGGAAUAGGGUGUUGUUGAACUUGCUACCGCUGGAAGACUACUUUCUGUGGUGUGUGCGGAUCGACAAGCCUGAGCGUAGGGCGGUUCUUUUCGAAGACGGGGAGGACGAUGAGAGAGUACUGAAGAAGGGCGUCGUUGUCCACUAA